AUGUCAACAUCUUUCACCAACUAUCUUCUAGUGGCUGUCAGUACUGUCACCAUCCAUCCCAUACAUUGCACAAAGGAUGAAAUGGAUAUACUCAUGAAGAAAAUGGCAGCUCUCCAGUACUGGUCUUCAGAAUUUGCUACCAAUCCCAUGCCAGACACUACCAAUUUGUGGAAGCCUGAUCUUGUCCUCCUGGAUUACAGGCUCAGAAAGUUCAGUUUAUUGGAAAAGUCCUGGAAAACAUCCUCACAGGAGUUGAGAUCACCCAAUCUGACCUCUCUGUUGAUUGCAAAUACCUUUGUUCUUGGGGGUUGCUACCAAGGGUUAUCUGAUGAUGCGGGAGCAACUGUGGUGUUGUUUUAUCCUACUUUUGGUAUCUCUAAGUUCAAACUCUGUGCUCAUUAUAUGGAUUGUUCUGGCAUGGUGAUCUCAAAACCACUCCCGAUCGUUACAUCCCCUAUAUUCUAUGGAAAAGCUGUGGACUUUUCAAGUGGGGAACCGUCUGCUAUCAUGUUCAAGACAAGUUUUAAUCAGGAGUAUGCACUGAAGGAUUGUUGGGUCGAUGAGGAUGUCAAAGACAUUGAGAUACGGCUUCUCAAAGCGGUCAAAUUGCAUCCCAAAUGUGGUUCAACUUGGGAAAUAUUGGGAUGUGCUGUAUGA